AUGCCGGCUCAGUCUCGGAGGCAUUCGGCCGUGGAGUAUUUGAGCAGCGUUAUCCAGAGUCGCAGGCACUCGGCUUGCGAUGCGCUGAGCAGAGUUUUGCAGAGACGCAGGAGCUCCGCCAUAGAGAAGCUGUCGACUUCCACGCAACGGGUCAUGUCCGCCGUGUCUUUGAUCAGCAGCUCGGAGCCUCAGACCUGCCUGGCACCGAGGAGAAGCAGUAUGCGACGUCCGACAGCCAAAUACACCAAAGUAGGGGAACGUCUGCGUCAUGUUAUCCCCAGUCAUAUGCAGUGCUCAAUGGCAUGCGGGGGACGUGCUUGCAAGUACGAGAAUCCAUCACGAUGGAGUGAAGAAGAACAAGCUGUGAAAGGGCUUUACUCCUCAUGGAUAACGGACAAUAUAUUGGGCAUGGCGCGCCCCUCUAGUGAGAUUAUUGAAAAAUACAACAUUAUCGAACAGUUCAAAAGGCACGGCGUAAAGACUGUCAUUAACCUUCAGCGUCCUGGGGAGCACGCAAGCUGCGGAAACCCCUUGGAGCAGGAGAGCGGAUUCACCUACCUCCCCGAGGUUUUCAUGGAAGCUGGAAAUUAUUUUUAUAACUUCGGGUGGAAGGACUAUGGAGUGGCUUCUCUCACCACCAUCCUAGACAUGGUCAAGGUGGUAGCUUUCGCUCUACAGGAGGGGAGAGUGGCCAUUCACUGCCACGCCGGCCUGGGGAGAACAGGAGUCUUGGUGGCCUGUUACUUGGUUUUCGCCACCAGAAUGAGUGCAGACCAGGCCAUCUUGUUUGUCCGAGCCAAGAGACCCAACGCUAUCCAGACACGCGGGCAACUGCUGUGUGUGAGGGAGUUUGCCCAGUUUCUGACUCCCUUGCGUAACGUCUUUGCCUGCAGUGACCCCCGUGCCCACCCCGUCACCAUCGGCCAGUACCUGAUCCGCCAGCGCCACCUCCUGCACGGCUACGAAGCCCGGCAGCUCAAAUACGUGCCAAAGAUCGUCCACCUGGUUUGCAAACUGCUGCUGGACUUCGCCGAGAACAAGCAGGUGAUCGAGGAGGAGAUCGUUGACAUCCCCGAUCUGUCGGCGGAGAUCGAGAAGACCGUCUCCCAACUGGCCAUAAUCCAGCUAGAUCAGGAACUGGACGGGCGACGCUUUGACAUGGACGAUCAGAGCGCGGCCCAGUUCGUCGCCGAUGACUCUGUGCUGGUCAGUGAGCAGGAAUUCCACCCGCUUUGGAAACACCGUAACGAGGACAGCCUUCGGUCUCUGUCCCACGUGAAGAAGCGUCUGUGCUACAGCGAGUCGGACCUGCACAAAGCUGAGCUCUUCCUGGACCAAAGCGAAACCCCUCCGACCGCAGUCCCCCGCGGCCCCUUCCCCAACAACCUCAGCCAACACAGCUUGCCUCAGCUCAACCUCAGGCACUUGGGUGCUGUGUCGGUGAAUCGGGCCGCCAUGAGGGUCCCGGAGCUUUGUCUUAUUAAACACAGCCCAUCUGUCAUCUCCAAGUCCAGCUUCUGGGAGCAACAGAGGUCCAGCUGCAAGAACGAGGAGGGAGCAGGUUCGCCUCUCUUCCUGAGGAGGAAGCUGCCAAAGGAUGUGCAGAGAAAGCUCUCCCUGAAGUCGUCCACUACAGCCGCGGCGCUGAAAUCCCUGAUCAGGGAGACGCCCAAAAUGAUCAGCGUCCCGUCUCCCGGCGCCAGGGAGAUCGGAAAGGAAGAGCUGGACGCGACCACGGCUUGCAGCAGUCGCACGGAGGACAACGUUCAACAUAACCUGUUCAGUUUCUCUCUGUACCGGGGACCUGGAGACAGAGCCCCGGGCAAAACCCACAGUAAAAUGUUUCACAUUGGGGAAGAGGAGGCCACGAGCAACUGGUUGCUGGAGGACAUCCCGUGCAUCAUGAUCCACUCGGAGCUGAGCGUUGAAAGGAGGAGGUCGGUGGCAGCCAAGGCACUGGCGUUUUGCACGGACUUUGACAGAGAAGUCAAGGACAAAGUGGAGAUGUGGCAGCGGGAGCUGAACAGCAGAGAAGGGACAUGGGAGCGGAUCUGCUCGGAGAAGAAUCCUUACGUCUUGAGCAGCCUGAUGUGGUCCUGGCUGGAGCAGUUAAAAGAGCCGGUCAUAAGUAAGGACGAUGUGGAUGCCUUAGCACGUAAAUAUAUGGAUCCCUGCAAUGCAUUUUACUCACUGGAAAAGAGCCAACAUCAGACACUGACCUGCAUCCUGGAUUGUGUGGCCAAUUUACAUGAGCUGCUGUUCGAUGUGGAAAACGCUAUUCUUACUCGAGCGAUUCGAGCUUUCACCAAGGUCAGCUUUGAUGCCAUCGAAGGUCCUAUCGUUUACAACACACUCAAGACAAUAUUGAAGCCAAUCUUGGAAGCGAAACAAGUAAAACUGACAAACUCUGAAGAGCAGAGCAAUUGCCUAGAACAUUUAACUUUACAGACCGACUGAGCAAAAGCUAUAUUUUCCCCUUCUGUCCCUUCUUCUCAUCCCAUUCCGUAGAAGACCAGAGGCUCCAGUGAGGUAUUGGACGGGCUCUAUGUUGUAGAGUGAGGUACUAGAAUUAGAUAGUUCAAAACUGGAGUCAAUUUCUGUAUCAAGCACUUUUCAGUUUAUGGAUGAUGUACAAGUUGUACAAAAGCAUUGAGUUAGUCUUAAGAGAGAAAGAGGCCCGAAAUGCAUCAAGGUUAGAGCCGUUAAAAUUGCUGACCUAAAAUGUAAGAUUGUGCAGAAUUUUAGAAAUUUUUAAAAAAUCAGUCUUAAAAUAACCCAUGCAUUUAAUUCCAAAGAAUUGUCUCAAAGUGAUACACAGGGAAUAGCUGUGAAGUGCAGUCACUGUAAGCAAAUGGGUCAGUCAAUUUGGGCAGAGCAAAGUCACACAAACAGCCGCAAAGUGACUGGACACAUUUAUCUGGAGGAUUGUUGGCCAGGACAGCGGGAAAAACUCCCAUCUCUCAUCCUGAACUCUUAAGUAUUGCGGAAAACCAGCUUCCAAAUUUAGACUGGAUUUGAAAAUUUUCCCCAAUCCUGUGCAAUCGUACAUUCUUAACUUUGAAGACAAUGGCCUUAAGGCUGGAACUUUGGACCUAAGUUAUGUCUAGAAAAACACUUUGAUGUUGUCAGUUCCUCAUUAAGUACCCUCUGUGUUCCAGUGGUUAGCUGAGAUGUAUAUUUGCUUAAAAACUGCCAGAAUUUGAAGUGCCAUAUUAAUGUGGUAAGAUGCGUCAUUUUCGGUAACUUUGUGUUUACAAUAAUAUGGCAGUGUGCUAUAUUGGAGGUCCGUUUUAAUUUGUAAAAUAUUCGUCUAUUUUCUUUCCACGUCAAGUGUUGACUUUCUGUGUCGAGUGCAAUAACCAAAUGUUGAGGUAGAGAAAUUAAAAUUGAAGGAAACACUUAUGAGGAAGCUCUUAAAACCUAGGCCAUUUUUAAGUUUUUUUAUAUAAAGGGCAUUUCCCAUUAACUGUAAUUUUAUUGCAAUAUUUUGGGGUAGAAUUUACAACGUUCCUUCACUUGUUCCAGCGUUAAUUAGCACAAGGACUGAGUUAAGGGACACCUGUAGAUUUGUACCUUAUUCAGUGCUGGUGUUAACAACAAAUUACAUUUCUAUAGCGUCUUUCAUGUCAGGAGGACGUCUCA